CUCGGCUCGAUCACACCGACUGCCGACUCUUUUCUCUUUCCACGCAUCGUUGGGUCUUGUUCUUUUCUUCCUCUAUUCACGACAGGCGUUUGGCUCUUUUUUGUCUUUCUUUUCUUUCAGCAUGAGGGGGAAAACACGACAGCAAACAUUGUCCCGGUUUCCUCGCGUCCCAUAUCUGGAGUUUCCUUGGUUUCCUUUCUUCAUGCAUCAACCUCUCAAACACGGGCUUCCUUCCUAUUCUUACCCUUCACAUGUUAACCAUUUACGACAUUUUCCUUUUCCACUUUUCACUACUACUACAACGAGAUACCACCAGGGAUGCAUAUCGAGGGAACCGAGAAGGAACGAAAGAAAGAGAGAAACGAAGAGAAACUUUUCUUGUUUGCAUUCUUACCUAUCCAUCUAUCCAUACCAUUCGUUCGUGUUCGUGUCCGUGUUUGUAUGUUCUGUCUUUUCCUUACCCGUCUGCUGUGCAUCGAUCGGGGAGGUGGGGGUGGUGGAGGAGGUGGAGGCACGUUGGGUUCAGAACGAGACGCAGAUAUCAUCUAUACACGAACGGAACGAACGUACACGAAGACGCGCACAUGCACGCACAACGAACGCAGUUAUAUAUAUACGUUAUGUUAUAUUAUGUUAUUACUAUAUUAUUAUAAUUGUCUUGAUAUUUACCUUUAUGUUCACCUCUAUCUUUACUUGUAAGUUAUCUUCAUGUUUACUUCAUCUUUACGUUCACCUUAUCUCGUUCACCUUCAUCUCGUUCACCUUCAUCUCAUUUACCUCUAUCUUCACUUCAUCUUUAUCUUCACCUCCAUCUUCAUCUUGUUCACCUUAUCUUCACGUUCACGUUCACUUCACGCUGACCUCAUCUCCAUCUUCACCUUUACCACUAUCUAUAUACACAUAUCGUGCUUGACGUAUCCCAUAUCUGCGUCAUCUUUAUUUAACUUACGAGUCCUUAAAUUCUUCUUCCGUAGGGGAUUAGAUUAGUAGUAGGUGGGUAUGGAAAAACGUCGUAUCCUUACGUUUGUUCUUAGGGGUUGGAUUGCUUUUGGUUGGUUGGUUGGUUGGUUGAUGUGAGGAAGGGGGGAG